UAGGCUAUUGCGGCUGCAAGAUUCGGAUACGCAUCUUACUGCCUCUUUCAUUGCUUCUCUUUGGUAGCACGUUUUAACUGCUUUAAAGGUUUGGUGAUUUUGGACCCGACCUUGCGACCGACAGCUGAGACAGGACACACGCGGAAAGCUAUGAGCCUGGACCCCUCUUCCCUGACUGAAGGAUAGGGGUACGGAGAGGGGCUUUGUUGGAGGCGGCUGUGAGCUGGAUACAAUGAGAACUUAUGUAGUGCUGGUGCUUUGGGCAUCCCUGGCCUGCCAUGGGGAGGCCCUGGCCCUUUACAAAAGGACUACAGAGGCCACGGCACAGGGGACAGCAGGGACGAGGCGGGACUCUGCGGUGCCUCUGAGGCGGUCCAAACGGGGGUGGAUGUGGAACCACUUCUUUCUGCAGGAGGAGUACCGGGGAACCGACCACCAGUACGUCGGCAAGCUCCACUCCGACAUGGACAAAGGAGACGGGAGUGUGAAGUACGUCCUCACCGGAGAGGGAGCGGGGACCCUGUUUGUGAUCGAUGAAAAGUCGGGCGACCUUCACGCCACCAAGGGGCUGGACAGGGAGGAGAAGGCCAACUACACCCUCCGAGCCCAAGCGGUCAACAGGUACACGGGGCGUCCGCUGGAGCCCUGGACUGAUUUCAUCAUCAAAAUCCACGACAUCAACGACAACGAGCCAAAGUUCUCCAAGGAGGUUUACACCGCCAGCGUCCCCGAAAUGUCUGAAGUCGAGACGAGUGUCAUCCAGGUCACUGCCACAGAUGCCGAUGACUCCCUGUAUGGAAACAGCGCCAGGCUGGUCUACAGAAUGUUAGAGGGUGACCCCUACUUCAAAGUGGACCCAGACACAGGGAUCAUCAGGACGGCCCUCAGCAAGAUGAACAGGGAGUCGCGCGAGCACUACCAGGUGGUGAUUGAGGCCAAGGACAUGGCCGGGCAGAGGGGUGGCCUCUCGGGCACCACCAAGGUCAACGUCACCCUGACGGACGUCAACGACAGCCCGCCUCGCUUCCCGCAGAGCACAUACCACUUCAGAGUUCCAGAGUCCAUCGAGAUGGGGUUUCCUGUUGGAAGAAUUAAGGCAGAAGACGAUGACAUCGGCAGGAAUGCCGAGAUGGAUUACAGUAUCAUUGGAGAAGAGGGUCGUGGUACCUUCAACAUUGUGACAGACAAGAGAACGCAGGAUGGAAUCAUUAUUGUCAAGAAGCCUCUGGACUUUGAGAGGAAGAGGAGCUACACGCUGCAGGUGCAGGCGGAGAACACGCACCCGGACCCGCGCUUUCUUCAGACGACCUCUUUCCGGGACAGCACCACGGUCCGGAUUGCCGUGGAGGACGUGGACGAGCCGCCGAUCUUCGAGAGGCCCAGCUACAUCAUGGAGGUGAAGGAGGACGCCUCGGUCCGGACACCAGUGGGCUCGGUCAGCGCAGUGGACGCUGACAUCCAGCAAACCCCCGUCAGGUACUCGAUCGACCGACUCUCAGAUCUGGACAGGAUGUUCAACAUUCACUCGGUGAAUGGGUCUAUCUUCACACUACGACCACUGGACCGUGAGGAGACCUCCUGGCACAACAUCUCUGUUAUUGCCACCCAGUUUGGCAAUCCCAAACUGCUGAGCCGUGUGCCAGUUUACAUUCGGGUGCUGGACGUCAAUGACAACGCGCCCACGUUCGCCACUUUCUAUGAGACAUUCGUGUGUGAGAACGUCAAGCCAGCGCAGAGGAUACAAACAGUGAGCGCUGUGGAUGCAGACAACCCUGCUGGCGGGCACAGGUUCUACUUCAGCUUAGCUCCCGAAAGUGCAGCAAAGGACAACUUCACCGUUCGAGAUAACAGAGGUGAGCAGCGCCCAACCUCACUAUACCGCAUGUAUUGUAUUAUUAAUAGAAGUAUAUAUGACCAUGCGCAUUUCUUUGUAGAUAAUACGGCCGCAAUUCUGACACGCCGCGGGGGGUUCAGUCGCCUGCAGCAGAACAUCUACCUGGUUCCCGUGGUGAUCCUAGACGGGGACUACCCCAUGCAGAGCAGCACGAACACGCUGACGGUGCGCGUGUGCGCCUGCGAUCGCGAGGGCAACGUGGAGCUGUGCAGCGCUGAGGCGGUGCCACUCACCGCCGGACUCAGCACCGCCGCCCUGGUGGCCAUCCUCAUGUGCAUCAUUAUCCUCCUCUUGAUCGUUGUUCUGUUCGCCGCCCUGCGGAGACAGAAGAAGAAGGAGCCUCUAAUCAUCUCCAAAGAGGACGUGAGGGACAACGUGGUGAGCUACAACGACGAAGGUGGCGGGGAGGAGGACACGCAGGCCUUCGACAUCGGCACGCUGCGGAACCCCGAGGUCAUGGACGUCAACAAGCAGCGACGUGACAUCGUGCCCGACUCGCUCUGCCACCCUCCCGUCCGCCGCCCUGCCGCCGCCCGAGACAACACUGACGUCCGGGACUUCAUCAACCAAAGGGUGCAGGAGAACGACGGCAACCCCACCGCGCCCCCUUACGACUCGCUGGCCACCUACGCCUACGAGGGAAACGGCUCAGUCGCCGAGUCUCUGAGCUCGCUCGGCUCGGCCACCAGCGAGGGGGACCAGGACUACAAUUACCUCAGCGAGUGGGGGCCUCGCUUUAAGAAGCUGUCUGACUUGUACGGGGGGGCAGACAGUGACCGGGACUUUUAACAUGCCCCUCCGCCCUCCUCCUCCCUAAGCACGAGCAACUUGUGCGCCACACAGCGGCCGCAAAAAACACAGAGGCUUAAAGAACUCUGCCGCUGUUUUACAAAGUGUCCUUUUACUCUUUAGCUACCAACCUUGUCAGUGACCAGGAAGUAACUUAGCACGUCCUGUGUCUGUGUCAUUUCGUUCCUGCGAGGUGGAGACAGUUGACAUCUCUUCAAAAGGCGUGAUUCACGAACAAGAAAAAUCUGUGCAUACUCUAUCACAAAAUCUCAAAUGUGUUUCUUUAUCUGUUGCCUUUCAUAGGAAAUAUCCAUUCACAUACACACAAACACUCACUCACACACAUUUGGUUUUGUGGGAAAAAUAUAAAUAUAAGAAUUAAUUUUAUUGCUUGAACCUAUCGGUUCCAUUUGCUGUGGCUGGAAUUUCAUAAUAGAAGUACAUUUCAUCAACCACCCCAUUUCACCUCAAAGUCUACUUCUGUCUUCUGUUCAGCCUUGCACAUAUGUGACUACUAGCUAUCUCUAAAUAACCUUAUACCCACAUUAUUUUGUCAGGGCACAUUCCUGGACCAAAGGUCGUUUCACAUUUUUUGGAAUGACAUUUUGGAUACUUCCAUUACUGAUUUAGGCAAUACACUGAAAUUGGUGUGCAUAUGUGUGUGUUUUUCUCUUUUGUUUGACAUAUUGGAUCAUUUUAUAAGUCAUUUGAAAUUCAUCCUGGAAUUAAUUGGAAAUUGAUCUAUAGGUGUCAUUGGGUAGUAUAAAGUUUCUUCACCGUGCAACUGUUGUUGAAGUAAUUCGAAGGACCUCGAGUAGGGAUCUAAAGGACUUCAUUGAAAAUUGGAACGGGUUUAAAGGCAUACUUUGCAGGAUUUUCACCUUAAAAUGAUAAAACAAUGACAAUGAAUUGAUGCGUUUGUGAGUAUGCAUGCCUAUAUUACAGAAUUGUGCAAUGCUUCUUUCCAGGCUGGCCAGAGCAGUCUGAAAUCCACUGGUGAACUUACGUUCAACUAAAGUUAGCAACCCCAUAAUUAUUCUGCAUAUGGUUUUUGCUAUUGGAUAUGUCAGUCAAGCAUUUUGGCAUACUUUGUACUGUCUGUCUGCCAUGAAUGCCGCUAUUACUGCUAUUAUGAAAGCGACGCAAUUGCAGUAACUUGGCUAGCUACUAACCUUAACUAAAUACAAACAUCUGUUAAAUAGCUAGCUAAAUGGCUUGGGUGGAAAGCAACUACUAAAGCAGAUGACUUAUGAAGCAUAUUCAACCAUGGUUUUCUAGCCAUAAUCAUCUUGGGGGUGUAGGCGGGGUUGAGAAUGACGGUGUAGACGUUUUUAUCGGUAGACGGGAGGGAGCAAGGAAUGAAAUCCUGCAUAAUACGCCUUUAAAGAUGAGUAGAUUUUUGCUAUCACUUUCACUGUUCUCCAUCUCUCCAUCAUCGUUGUUGUUUGACUGAAAUAAAGAAGAGGUGAUGUCAUGUUAACUGAGAUGUUAACUGAGUAAUGCCACUGGCUAAUCCACAUAACCCCCCAUCCCUACACUACUGUCUUACCUACAGACCACACUGAGAGGUGUCUGACAUUUAACAGCAGUCUGGUGGACUAAUACGAUUCUUUUAAUAUGGAAAUUGUACUUGGUGGAUUUCUGUUGUGUCAUAUCUAUCAUUUUAUAUUAUAAUGCAGCAAUUCAAAUAGUUUUGACUUCCCUUUCACCACCUGUAGAGAGAAUGUACAAAUAUUUUCUAACCUUCUUUCUUUUUAUAAAUACAUAUAUAUAUAUACAGUAUAUAUACCGUGAAAAUAUGUUUUAUAUACCUUUCACUUUGAGAAACGUGUUGACAUUUUUUUCUGAAAUGGUCCAGAUUGUGUUAAACCAGGAAAUUGUGGAAUCCAGGCAGUUGUUUUUGUAUUUAUAAACAGUGCUUUCUAGUGCAUUAUGGAAAUGUAUAAUGAACGUGUCAUUGUUCUCCUCAAAUUAGUUUAAAAUGGCCAAAUGGUGUGUCUUUACCUAUUUUUCUGCUUUUCCACGUAAGUGAGACAGUACCCUGAAAUGCGUGUGCGUGUAUGUGUGUGCGCGUGCUUGCGUGUGUGUGCAUGCGUGUGUGUGUUUUCUGGGAUGGUGGAGUAACGUUUAAAUUUCAGCUUAUGGCAACCAUUGGGAAAUGGUGAAUCUGCCUCCCCGAAUACCCAGAUUGGCUCCCAGGCUGAAUGUGGUGUCCUGCUGAAGAACAAUGCCGUGGAAUUUGUACUGUAUAAGCAUAUGGAAUUAGGUCCUAAGAAAAUGAGAUCAUCAAGGCCGUUUGACGGACCUCAAUGGACCUGCUCCAUUUCUGAUAUGAAAAAAAAAAAUCAAGCAUUAGGUCUAUAAAUGUUCAUUUAGAUACAGUCGGCCCAUUUGCUGCAGCUCUGCAUUCUGUCUGUGACACUUUGUAUUCCUGAACGGUCAGGGUUUGUUUGCAGUCACUUCCGAAGAGGAUAUCGUCAAUGCAUCUUUCUGCUUUGUAUCUUGUGACUUUGUACCAAAUAUUUAUACACACAUCCAAUGUUGCUGUUUUAAUGUUUUAAAGAAUGUUUUCAGAACGUUCCAGCGUGCAUCUGGGCCAUCUGCAGCUUGACCAUCAAUGUAUUAUUAAACGUUUGCAUUUAUUACAAUAAAUA